GUUGGCGGCCUGCUGCUUGUGGGGCGUUGGCGGCUCUGCUUGCUGCGCUUCUGCCGCGACUCGCGCGACAACGCGAAUGCGCCGAAGGAGCCGACGGAGCCCGUGACGCUCGUGUUCACCGACAUCGAGAGCAGCACGGCGCUGUGGGCUGCGUGCUCGGAGUUGAUGCCCGACGCCGUGGCGACGCACCACCGUCUGAUCCGCGCGCUGAUCACGAAGUACCGCUGCUACGAGGUGAAGACGAUCGGCGACUCGUUCAUGAUCGCCUGCAAGAGCGUGUCCGCGGCGGUGCAGCUGGUGCGGGAGCUGCAGCAGGUGUUCCUGCAGCAUGACUGGGGGACGGGCGCGCUCGACGAGGCGUACCGCAAGUUCGAGGAGGACAGGGCGGAGGAGGACGCGGAGGGGUACGUGCCGCCGACGGCGCGCCUGGACGCCGCGGUGUACCGGCAGCACUGGAACGGCCUGCGGGUGCGUGUCGGGGUGCACACCGGGGCUGUGCGA